AUGUCCUUAGUAUACACGCUGAUCAAAUUAGCUAUCCUCUUCUCGGGGCUGAUCUCUCUCCAUCACUGCCUGAAACGCCGAAGAGCACAUGGCUUACCACCUCCUCCCGGGCCAAAAGGCAGUCUCGUUACUGGAAAUUUAGCGGACCUGCCAAAAUCUGACGAACCCGAGGCGUUGCAUUGGUUGAGACAUAAGGAUUUGUAUGGCCCAAUAAGUUCUGUCAAUGUAAUGGGACAGUUGUUCGUCAUUAUUAACGACGCCUGGAUGGCAUUCGAACUUCUGGAGAAACGCUCCGCGAUCUAUUCUUCGCGGCCUAAACAGGUGAUGGCAGGUGAAUUGCUCGGUUGGGAAAACGCACUCGCCUUAAUCCCGUACUCUGCCAAAGUUCGGAGUCAUCGGCGCAAUACAUCCCGAUUUAUUGGGUCGAGAAAGAAAGUCGCAGAAUUGCCUUUGCGGUCUCUGGUCGAGGCAGAAUGCGGUCAUUUUCUACUUCAUACGUUUAGGGACUCACUUGGACUAGUAAAGUAUAUUAGACGAGAAGCAGGUGCUAUAAUUCUCAAGUGUAUUUACGGCUACACGAUUGAAUCCCAUGGGACAGAUCCCCUCGUUGAUGGGGCUGAACAGAUUGGGAUCGAGUUUGCCCAGGCAGCCGUUCCAGGUAGUUGGGUUGUCGAUAUGCUUCCUUUCCUAAAAUGGAUACCCGACUGGUGUCCCGGCUCCAAGUUCAAGCUCUCAGCUCGAGAAUGGCGUCGCAAUCUAAUGGAGUUCACGGAGACACCUCACGCCUUUGUCAAAGGUGAGAUGUCUCAUGGUAGACACACCCCAUCGAUUCUGUCCAGUCUCCUGGAUCAGAAGCACUUAAGCCUUGAGGACGAGGAUUUACAAAAGUGGCUUGCUCUCUCUAUAUAUGCGGCUGGGGCAGAUACUGUAGUGUCAGCCAUCGCAUCGUUCUUCCUCGCCAUGUCGAUCUAUCCAGAGGUCCAGCAGAAGGCGCAGGAAGAAAUCGAUCGCGUGGUGGGAUCCGCACGUCUCCCGAAAGCCAAGGACCGCGAGAACCUACCUUACGUCGAUGCGCUCGUCAAAGAGACCCUGCGAUGGAAGCCGGUAGCGCCUAUGGGUCUUCCGCAUACCAGCACAGCGGACGAUAUUUUCGAGGGGUAUUUCCUCCCCAGGGGGACGACAGUGUUGGCGAACGUCUGGUAUUUCACUCACAGCCCAGCAACAUACCCCAACCCAAUGUCCUUCAAUCCCGAGCGUUUCCUGCCAACCGGCAAGAACCCUACGCAGGAGCUUGAUCCCCACCGCUUUGCUUUCGGGUUCGGACGACGCACGUGCCCCGGCCGCUUCCUCGCCGACUCGAUCAUAUUCCUGAACAUUGCGCAGUCACUGGCGGUGUUUAAUAUUAGCAAGGGGAAAACAGCCGACGGGGUAGGCAUUGAGCCGGAUGUUGGGUUCAAGCCGGGGGUUGUUAGCCAUCCACAUCCGUUUACGGCUGCAGUCACGCCACGGAGUGAAAAGCACGAGCUGCUGGUGAGGGAUGUUGAGAAGGUGUUCCCGUGGCAAAGAAGUGAUGCGGAUAAAUUAGAUGGGAGAUGGAGUGUUUGUGGGCACGAGCGAGAUCAGGACAUGAAUGUAGAGGUCUAG